AUUCUCCGACUGAUGGUAGUAGUGGGGAUUUGUUGCGACACUUUACGGCACAACGUGAGCUACUGACGCGCAGGCGUACUUUGUUGACCUUCUGUCAGAAGCAUGGCUGCUCGGGCACUUAUUAAAGGUCUUUUCGGGUUACGACACUCACGGAGUGUCACAAUUAACUACUGUGGUGGGCAUUAUUUUGCAACUGCAGCAUCCAUUAACUCAGCUCAACCUCAAAUUGACGAUGUUACAGAAAAAGUCCUAAACCUGCCUCUCGAGAAGCCGGAUUUUUUCCGUGUGUCUGAGCUGUUCUCUUUGAAGGACUUAUUUGACGCCAGAGUGCACCUUGGCCACAAAAAAGGCUGCAGACACAGGCUGAUGGAGCCUUAUCUCUACGGCUGCCGUUUGGACCAAGAUAUAAUUGAUCUUGACCAGACCGCAGAGCACCUUCAUCUGGCACUGAACUUCACUGCCCACAUAGCGUAUCGCGGUGGUGUCAUUCUCUUUGUCAGCCGCAACCGUCAGUUUUGCCACCUGAUUGAGAGCACCGCUAAGGAUUGUGGGGAGUACGCACAUACGCGGUACUGGCAGGGCGGCCUUCUCACCAAUGCCAACAUCCAGUAUGGCCCUGGAGUCCGCUUACCUGACCUCAUCAUCUUCCUCUCAACUCUCAACAACGUGUUUCAGCAGCACGUGGGGAUCAGAGAUGCGGCCAAGAUGAAUGUUCCCAUAGUGGGUGUGGUGGACUCGAACUGCAACCCAAGCCUGGUGACAUACCCUGUGCCGGGGAAUGAUGACACCCCGGUUGCCAUGGAGCUUUACUGCCGCUUAUUCAAGAUGACCAUCAACCGUGCCAAAGAUAAAAGGAGACAGAUGGAGCUCCUUCAUGGCCUGUUAACGCCCUCCUCAUCAUGAUGUACUGUAUUCUUCUCAAAGGGACAUUUAAAAAGUCAAGAAGACUGCUUUACCUCUUCCUGCAUCUGUACUUGGAAAAAUGUUAAGACUGAGGUUUUGUAUACAUUACUUAUCGAUAAUAAAAGUUCUUGGGUCAAGUGGUUUCCUCAUGCUAAACCCUCAAAGGA